CCUCUCGCAGAGCGCGUCGCACGUCCGAGUACCGGCCGCCGCCCGUCAUCAGUAGUCGCCGUACCGCGCAGCCACGUAACCUCUCACCUUCUCCUUAGUUUUUAGUAGUCGGUAGUGUGAGGAGAGUGCGGAGAAAGAAAGAGAGAGAGAGAGAGAAAGAGAGAGAGAGAGAGCGAGAGAGAGAGAGAGAGAUAGAGAAGGAGAAAGCAAUCGGCGAAGAGACAAGGGAAGAGUAAUAUCGGGAGAGUCAAGAGAGCGAGCGAGAGGUCGACAGCCUUUUUCCCUCGUGUACACUCUAUUAGUCGUCGUCGUCAUCAUCCUCGUACUCGUCCUCCUCGUUGUUAUCGUCGUCAUCCUCACCGCUGCCGCUGUCAUCGUCGUUGUCAUCGUCGUUAUUCGGCGCGACGAGCGCGGGUAUCCUCCGACCCUCAAAACACCCAUUCGCAAAGACACCUCCUUUUUCGCCGUCAAUAAUCGCGCUCCUCAUUCUAGUGCCGCGAUUAUCAACCAACAACUCUCCGUGAUCCGCGGAGUGAACGAAAGAUAAGGUAUAAAUAGAGGCGAGGGAAAGAAAAGCGUGAGGAAAGACGUGAAUCGCGAGGAAGAGAGUUCGGGAAUAACGGGAGCAGCAUCGCAAACCGACCCAAGUUCCGAAAGAAAAAUCUUGUGCGCGUCGUGACACCACCACCUCACGUACGUCACGAGCAUCCUCUCAUCGCGACGACGCUCGCCGCUGCCGUCGGCGACGAGGAAACACCGUUCGCGACUGCGAACAUAACAAACGUCAACAAGCAGCCCCAGCCUAGCACAACAGAAACAGACACUCCGCUCCGGACGGAUAUACGCGAGCGAACCCCGCCGUCGCUUCCACACCGAGAGUCUCGCGACGACGACGACGACGACGAGUAUUCGUGCGCCGCGCGUCGUUAUGGAGUCCCAGAACCAGGAGAUCGUAGCGAGUGGCUCGCCCGCCGAGGUGCCGAACGAUCCAGGGAAAAUGUUCAUCGGCGGCCUGUCUUGGCAGACCAGUCCAGAGAGCCUCAGGGAGUAUUUCACCAAGUAUGGAGACAUCACAGAGGUCAUGGUCAUGAAAGAUCCCACCACGCGACGAUCAAGGGGCUUCGGGUUCAUCACAUUUGCAGACCCCGCAAGCGUAGACAAAGUGCUGGCGCAGGGCAAUCACGAGUUGGACGGCAAGAAAAUCGACCCAAAGGUAGCAUUUCCUAGGAGAACACAUCCAAAGAUGGUGACAAGGACAAAGAAGAUAUUCGUCGGGGGAUUAUCGGCGCCGACGACGUUGGAGGACGUCAAAAACUACUUCGAACAAUUCGGUCCGAUCGAAGAUGCUAUGCUGAUGUUCGACAAGCAAACUAAUAGGCAUAGAGGCUUUGGAUUCGUCACGUUUCAAAGCGAGGAUGUCGUCGACAAAGUCUGCGAGAUCCAUUUCCAUGAAAUCAACAACAAAAUGGUCGAGUGCAAGAAGGCACAACCGAAGGAAGUGAUGCUCCCGGCAAAUCUGGCCAAGACGCGAGCGGCCAGCAGAGGCGCAUACGAUUUUAUGUGGUCUCUGGGAGCAUUACCUGAUGGUUUCCCAGCGGCAGCGUACGCGGCAUACGCGGCGGGCCGCGGCUAUUCUGGGUACCCCAGUUUCGGAUUACCCUACCCGACAGGAAUGCCGGCGGUGUACUACCACGGAACAGGAAGUGAGAAUGCAGGCCGCGCGUAUACGGAGGCGCCGAUGCAACACGUCCAACGCAAUGCACUCCGGAAGAAAUUGGAUCUAACCAAUGGACAGCUCACCCCAAACAACAACACGCCCUUACUUACACAAGCACUUUCUGUGAUGAACAACUACCAGGCGGCCGCAGCGCAGGCCGGAUUCCCGCCGGCGUCGCCGCACGCGGCCGGCGGACACGGUGGCCCGCAGGGCCGGUCUUUCCCGGCGGCCAAUUCGCCGGGCCCGAUUGACAUGUACAGCUCGAGCGCCGCCGCCGCAGCAGCAGCCGCAGCCGCGGAUUCCGCAGUCGCAAGCUACGUCCAGGCCGCAGCUAGCCCGCAGCCCCCCACGACCGCGUUCCCCGCGAUCGCCGUAUCCCGUGCCCCGCUCAACUACAGUCCCGGUCCUCUAAUACCAGCGGCGUUCACUAAUGGCUACCAUUGAGCCUUGUUAAGACCUAAUAACAGAAUGGACGAGACGGCAGAACGCAGCACGGUCGCCUGAUUUAAUAAGCAACAUGGACGACUCGAGGCAGCUAAAUAUAAUAGAUGAUCUCUGGACGAAAAAGAAAAAAUAUACACGUCUACUCCAAAUGACGAUCGAUGAUUGCAAUACAUUCAAAUAUGCAUAAUGUUGAGCAGAAGGAAACGUUCAAGUAGGAUUUAAUCGAUACUUCAAAGUCCAGAUUGUGUAUAAACAGCCGGACAAAAUAUUACGCGAAUAUAUAUAACAACGCAUUAAAAAAGAAUUUAGAGCAUUAGUUCAGUUGGAUGCAACUGUAGAUAGAGGAGAGAAAAUUAUUAAAGUACUGCUAAGGCAAAGGAAGAAUGCUGAAGCAACGAGGAAGACGUCCAGAGAAGAUCGUGGAAAAAAGAUGAGAAGAGCGACAGGAAGAUCGACCGUCGGACGGAAACAGGAGGAAGAAACAACGCGCGCUGCAAUAUAAGGUAACUAUGGCCGAAACUGCGUAUUGACGCCAGCCCGUUCUCCGACACAUUAAUAAAAGAAAUAAUAAAUAUAAUAUAUUAUAAUA